AUGGGCAAACUGUAUUCACUUGCAUAUGCAGAUGACGUAGUGCUAUUAGCAGAUGAUGUAAGAGGUAUGAAUUUGUUGAUGAGAGUGUUCGAAGAAUAUGUGAGAGAAAAGGGUUUAACAAUAAACGUAAACAAGACCAAGAUGAUGUAUUUCAGAAAUAAAAGGGGUAGAUUAAAGUACGAAUGGAAGAUAAAAGGCGUGGUGGUAGAGUUGGUUGAUGAGUUUUGCUACUUAGGUUUUUGGUUCGAAACGAGAGGAGGAAGCGAGCUGCAGGAGCCUGAUGUAAGCGACCACCCAAACGUAAAACACCCGAACCAUCCAGAAAUGGGUUCAAGGUCUUCAAGGGUGAACCUGAAGGAAUCACGUUUCCUUUUUUUAGAGCAUGUAUUUCAACAUCAAAAGCAGUACUUCACACUUGCUGAAUACACCAUAAAGAGACCUCAUUGA